AUGUAUUCCAUCAUUCACUCGGCCGUCCUAAGCGCAUUGCUGUUCGUGACGAUACCUCAUUCUACGGUCGCGUUAAGUGCGUUUCUUUCCGUCGCCAUCCACAACAGUGGCUUCCAUCGUGACAUAAAUUAUAGCCUUCGGUUCGGCGGCAUCGGGCGAAUGUCUUGUGAUAUGCUGAUCGUGCAAUACCUGCCCGCCUCGAUCUACGUCAACACCGAUCAGCUGAUCGAUUUAAAGCGCUUCAAUAAGAUCAGCAGCUACGUGCCGCUGUACGUGGAUGUGGAGAAACCCACCGGCAAGUCGGAGCCGUUCGCCGUGUACCUCUAUGAAACGCUACGCCGCGAAGUCAACAUUACCUUGCCGAUUCAUUUCCGCUAUCACGAUCCAUCAGAGCGAAAAUUCGAACGCAUUCAAGUGGAGAGCCCCACGGUCUACGUGCAGUGCCGUAACGUACAAUCGAGCAAAUAUCCACCACGGACGUUGGGCACGGCGAGGCUGCCUUGCGCAAGUAGCUCCGAUAUCGAGGACUACGAUAAACUGGCACACGCGGCCCUGUGCGACUGGGAGGAGUUGGAGUUUAAUAAUCUACCAACAGUGAUCAGUGUGCUGAUACCGAUUGGGAAUAGCCGCUCGUAUCGUUUCGUCCUACCGGCAACGAUUAUUGUCAGCUGGAUCGGCAGCAUGUACCUGAUCUACGUGAUCCUCAAAAUGGGCCGAAAGGUGAACAAAAAGUUACUCUGAAGACAACCUCAGGAAGAAAACGACCAACGAUCAACGAAACGACGAUCUCAACUCGCUGCUUUGCUUCUUUUUGCACAAACAAAACCAGGGGCGCUUUUUUACUGUAGUUUUUAUUAUUAACGAUCCAUAAAUAUAGGCCACGGUUCUUUUUCCUACGACUUUUUUCACCAACGGCUGGUGAAAGCAGAAGGAAAAACAAUAAAUGCCACUCUGUGCUAAAAACACGCAUGCAGCGUGGUAAGUUACUUUUUGUUUAGUUUCAGCUACUAUUUCACAUCGUUACGCUCCAUAGCGUAGUAGGCCCAGUUUUCCUGUAUCGGUUAUGAAUUGACGGUUAGCGUGUCUGCCUUUUCAACUCCUUAAAGCUCUCCAUGAUCAUAAGAAAACAACGAACAUUCCAACUAUCCAGCGUUUCCGUACCGUUUCCGACGGGACUAGACAGGAUCACCCACGCACACAUAAACAGAAAUAACACCUAAUCACUGUGAUUUGUAUUGCUGGCUCUUCGCGUGGCAUC